GAUUUCAGGGACAGGCAGAGCGUUUCCAAGAAGUCGGAAACAAAUAUAUAUUUACGUUUACCAGCUUUACAGAAUGCUUUUUUCCAUAUCGAAGUCGCCUUGAUCAACAGGUGUUCACAUUAUGAAUUAGCUGUUUACAUCAGCGCACACAAGUAGUCGUCUCAGGUUGUCAUCGAGCUAAAGACUGUAAGCCAACAUGAGUCCAGAAGGGAAGACCCUGCUCAACAUCAUUAUCCUGGGCUUGGGGUUCAUGGUUAUGUUCACUGCCUUUGGCACCUGCGGAAAUAUUGAACAAACCGUAAUAAAGAGUUUCAACAGUACAGAGUUUCAUGGAAGUGGCUACACAAGCAUGGCGAUUAUCUACGCCGUAUUCUCUGCCUCUAACCUUAUAGCGCCCUCAGUGAUAGCUGUCAUUGGACCUCAGUUGUCUUUGUUUUUUAGUGGACUUGUUUACAGUGGUUAUAUUGCUGUUUUCAUUCAUCCAUACACCGCGUCAUUCUACACUUUAUCCGUGUUGCUUGGAAUCGCUGCUGCAGUGCUCUGGACAGCCCAGGGGAAUCUACUCACCAUCAACUCCAAAGAUUCCACCAUUGGGAGAAACAGUGGAAUAUUUUGGGCAUUGAUGCAGUUUAGCUUAUUCUUUGGUAAUCUCUACAUAUUUGUUGCCUGGCAUGGCAAGAGUCACAUAACAGAUAAGGACCGUCAGACGGUUUUCAUCACACUCACGGUCAUCAGCCUGGUAGGCAACUUCCUUUUUUUCCUGAUCCAGCGACCAGACCCAGAACCUGCACCUACUGAUGCCUCUGAGUCACUUCUACCAGCAGACCUCUCUGAUAGUAGCUCUGUGGUUCCAUCCCAGAGUCUGUCCACUCAAGCAUUGGAGGCAUUCAAGAAAUCCAUCCAGCUAGCUAUGACCAAAGAGAUGCUUUUACUGAGCCUACCCUUUGCGUACUCUGGUCUCGAGCUCACCUUUUACAGUGGGGUGUAUGGGACAUGUCUAGGGGCCAUGACUCAAUUUGGAGAUGAUGCCAAGGGUCUUAUCGGCCUCUCUGGAAUUUUGAUAGGUGUUGGUGAAAUACUUGGAGGGGGAGUAUUUGGGAUCCUGGAUAAGUGUAAUCGUUUCGGCAGAAACCCGGUGGUGUUUUUCGGCCUGUUGAUCCAUAUUGUGGCAUUCUACCUCAUCUUCCUCAACAUAGCCAGUGAUGCUCCCGUGGCCCCAGAGGAAGGCACAAAAAUGCAAGCUUUUAUCCAGCCCAGUGUGACUGUGGCGCUGAUAUGCAGUUUCCUGCUGGGUCUGGGGGAUAGUUGUUUCAACACUCAGCUCAUCAGCAUCGUGGGCUUCUUGUUCCGGGAGGACAGUGCUCCAGCAUUUGCAGUCUUUAAAUUUGUACAGUCCAUCACAGCUGCGGUGGCCUUCUUCUACAGCAACUAUCUUCUCCUGCACUGGCAGCUGCUCAUCAUGGUGCUGGCGGGCUUCCUGGGCACCAUUACUUUCUUUAUGGUGGAGUGGGGCGUUAUCAGCAGACGACGGGACUCUGAUUAUGACAGUAUCUGAUAGGAAGAGUUGGAAGGACUGAAGUGCCAGAACUACCAUCUCAUCUCCAGCCAUCAGCCUCAGUGAGCAGAUCUACAAGCCAUCUUCAGCGGCCAUUUUCCUCACUGGAUUAGUUCUUUGGUUUAGGCCAUGUAUCCAUUCUCCUGUUUUCUUUAUUUGCACUUAAAAUAUGUUUACUCCUCAGAUGGGAUCUAGGAUGAAGUUCUGUAAUGCAAUAAAAGGUUUGUUCAAAUUUUGAAGUUUUCACAUAGCAUUAUACUGUGCAAUGCUAGAAACCUGGAACUACGGUCUGUCAUGAUUUACUCACCCUCAGGUUUGUAGGGUGUUGUUUUGUGGAACAUGAGGGGAAUUUUCUGAAGAACGAACGGCUUUUAAAUGAACAAACAAACAAAUGCAACUUACCGGUUUGAAUACGGGGAAUAAAAUUUGCGAGCUGGGGCAUUAAUUGACCUAAAUUUCAAUCUGAUCCACAAAGAAAACUAUUAUAUGACAACAGAUGUCUUGGAAUAUAGUGCAUUAGACAUAUUUAUUGGUCCAUUUUGGCGCUUGUCAGAUGUGGUCACUUUGAAUUUUGUUGUGUGGAAAAGAGAUGUGUAAUGAGUCCUCUGAAAUUUGGCUUUUUUUGUUCCAUGAAAACAAAAAAUGAGGUUAUGUAAAUGAAGAGAGUUGUUUUGGGGGUUUUUUCGGUGAAUUACUCCUUUAAGUAGUUAUUAUACUACUUAAACUCAGUUAUUGUAAAGAAGUCUUAGUGCAAAUGCAAUAAAUCACUUAAAUGUACACUACGCUGUGAGACUAUAGAUGAGGAAUAUGAUUAAAGAAUAUUUUAUUUUUUCACAACUACAAAAUCAGUAUCGGCGUGAAACACUCAAUGCACAGUCAGUAGUUAAAUUAGAUUGUCUUGUUUAUUUGAAUUAUUUUGCCAGUUGCCUUUUCUUUUCUUUUCUUUUCUUUUUUUUUAAGAAAACAAUUUUGCCAAAGAUUGAAGCACUCUUUGAAGAAAUUUGCUUUAUUUUUUUAGGUUUGUCCUUAUUUGUGUGAAGUGAGCAAAUAUGUCAAUGAACCCGAUUGCUGAUGUAAUCGAUAGAAAACCGAGAAAGAAUGAUUUGGGAAUCAGUUUUUGUAAUUGCAACUAUACUAAUAUCAAGCUGGGCUUAAGUCAACAUGUCAUUGUAAAUAACAAUGAGAAAGGGUUCAGAAAGACUCUCUCUUAAUACAUUCACAAUACGUAUGUUACGAGCUCAUUUGCAUGGGAGUAGGAGCUACAUGUACGUUAUUACUUUGUAAACGGUUCGGCUUCAUUUGGUUCAGGGCAAUCUAUAGAAUGAUGAGGGAAAUAUCUGGUCAUAUACUUGAAUGUAUCGUACUGUAAAAAUGGUAAUGGCGCCUGGAUAUUCUGUUUUCUUUUAUAAAUAUGUGUAUAUAUGGGAUUAAAGUCCUUUUUUGAGCCUUUGA